AUGCUGGAUGUUUUCAAAGUCAACAUCAAAAUAGCGAAUCGGAGACUAACAACCACGACAAGUUCAAAGUCAUUCUUCAUCCCGCCGCAGUCACAGUCAACUACAAGAACCACCACGACAAGUUCAAAGUGGUUCUUCAUCCCGCCGCAGUCAAAUUCAACAAGAAGGUAAAGUAACGCAUCU